UUUUGACUUCUAAUCAUGUCUGUUCAGUUUUGUUUAGCUCUGCUGGCUCUCUCCUCCCUGACUGCAGCAUCUGAUCCAGUUUGUGAGGAGCUGCUGAAACCUCUGGAGGAUCACAGCAAGGUUGCUGGGAAAUGGAUAUUCCAUGCUGGAGUAUCAGACACUGGAGAUCUCAUGGGUGUUCUUAAAAAUGUCAACAGCUCCUGGAUCAAACUCACCCCCAUACCUGGUAGUGAGGACAUGACUCUACGCUGGGGAGACAAAAUAAAGGAUAAAUGUGUGUAUGGAGGCCUCAAUUACACCUUCUCUGGAAACGACACCAAGGUGACAUUUAACUUUAACGACACUGACCACGUGCACACUGGGAGGCACCUGAGGAGCUGCACUGACUGCAUCCUCUGGACCGACACCGCAUUGAGGCCGGGCCAAGAGGAGGUCAUAGCUGGCAGAAGCCUGUACAUCUUCACAAGGACUGGGAAAUUGGAUGACCUUGAUCUGGAAAUUGUCAAGCUACAAGCUGCAUGCCUCAAAUUCCCCCCAGAAUUCUUCUUUGGAGAUGUCACAGACCUGUGCCCUGAAGAGGAACCAGCUGCCGCAGAAGUCAAGGAGGAAGAACAAUGUUCUCUCUGCCUCCUGCUGACUCCAGAUAUGGCUGCACAGCUUGUCGUUGCUCUGCUGGCUUUCACCUCCCUGAGCGCUGCGUCUGACCCGAACUGUACGGAGCUGGUGAAGCCCCUCGUGCUGGACAGUCACAGCCCUAUCUAUGGGAGGUGGGUGCUCCAUGUGGGGACAUGGGACGAGCCCAGCCUGAAGAGCGACCUGGUGUCGGUGAACGGCUCCUGGGUGGAUCUGUCCGCUUCCUCCGACAGCGGAGUCAUGACCAUCUACUGGGCCGACCGCCUGGAAGAUAAAUGCCUUCAGGGUUUAGCCAAUGGCACCAUCUCUGGGAUGACCACUCACACCACGUUUAAUAUCAACGGUCACACUUCAUAUCAUGAUGGGAAGUACUAUGAGACGUGCUCUGACUGCCUCCUGUCCGAAGACACCACCCUCCUCCCUGAUGGAAAGUCUAAGGGACGAUACUUUUUCCUCUUCACACGGACUGGCGCUCUGGAGCCAUCUGAGUUGGAGAUCUUUAAGAAGCAGGCCGAGUGUCUUCAAUUCCUGCCGGAGUACUACUUUGGAGGAACAGAUCUGUGUCCAGAUGAACGAGAGCCUGCUCCACCGGCUGCUGAGAAUACAGAGAGUCAAACGGAUGAGGAGCCUACUGCACAAUAAAGCAGAGCACCGAAAAGUCAUAUCUCUGUGAA